GCAAGUUGUGGAUGUUGUUGCUGAUGGAAAAUAAAGCCCUGAAAGCAAAGGGAUGGGUGGGGUUGAUGAAAGAGGACAGAGAUAUAAUGACAUGUCUGUCCAGUUCAGGAGCAGAAGGUGAGAAGAAGACAAAUGAACACACAUCCUGGGAGGAUUUAUAUUCACUGCUCCAGUAAAGUCCAUCAGAAACAUUACAGCCUCCAUCUACCCGGUCCAACAGCAUGAAUCCUGAAUGGGUUUUUGUUCUCCUGUUCUUCUCAGUAGUAUGUGGUAUCGGGGCAGAUAUUCCUCACCGCUAUCACUUUGUGAAUGAGAAGAAAACCUGGAGUGAAGCUCAGACUUACUGCAGAGAGAAAUACACUGAUUUGGCCUCCAUCAACAACAUGGAACAGAUGAUGAAGCUGAGUCACACACUGAAGAAGGAAACUCCAAAGCAAGCUUGGAUCGGUCUACAGAGAGAGGACACUGGGAAAUGGCAGUGGUCUCUGGCAGACCAAACUUUCUACAGAGACGGAGACACUUACAGAAACUGGAGUUGGAGAGAACCAGACAACAGCGCGACAAAUGAGUUCUGUGUUAAAAUGGGAAAAUCCAAUGGCAGAUGGUAUGAUGUCCAGUGUAGCAAGAAAAUUCAUUUUGUGUGUUAUGAAGAAAAGAACACAAACACUGACAGAUACAUAUUUAUUAAUGAGGCAAAGACCUGGUAUGAUGCUCAGACCUACUGCCGAAAGAAUCACACCGACCUGGUCAGUGUGAGGAACCAAACUGAGAAUGAGGAGAUCAAGGGAAAGAUUAAAAGUUCAGAAAAUGAGGACAUUUGGAUUGGUCUGUUUAAUGACUCCUGGAAAUGGUCAGAUCAGAGUAAUUCCUCAUUCAGAUACUGGAGCUCUAACAAACCCAGUAAAGAUUUGAACUGUACUGCAGUGUCUGUGUCUGAGCCACACUACUGGAGUGAUGUGAGCUGCACAGAAAAACUCCCAUUCAUCUGUCAUGAGAAAAAUCUCAUCCUUGUUAGGCAGAAUCUGACCUGGAAAAAAGCUCUGACAUACUGCAGCAGCCAUCAUCAUGACCUGGUCUCAGUGCACACUGAAGAGACGCAGCACUGGGUGAAGGAAGUGGCUCAAGGCGCCUCCACUGAACACGUGUGGCUCGGCCUGCGUCACACCUGCGCUCUGGGCUUCUGGUACUGGGUGAUUGGCGAGGUGAUCUGCUACCAGGACUGGGCUCCGGGGAAUGGGACAGGGUUCGAAGACUGCAGCCAGGAGGAGAGAGCCGGCGCAGUGCAGUCUGGAGGAGAGCAGCAGUGGAUCAGCCUGCCUCAGAACCAUACACUCAACUUCAUCUGCUCGACAUAUUAAGGCUGAAGACAAUCUGUGGCUCUCAUCAUUUGUGUGCAGCAUCAGCGACUCCUCAUCUCCUUUUCCCAUACAGCUUUUAAAAUAAUCUCUUCUUUUUAUCAAAAUAUUUGGUCCUGUAUGUAAUCUUUAUGGCACACUUACUCCUUUCAUAUUUUCCAAGCAUGAUGUUCUUCAUGCAGAUGAUACUCACUCUGAUAAUGUUUUCCAUUGUAAUAUCGGGUUUUUAGGGGAAUCAAGGUGAAGGCAUUUACUUGUAUUGCACUACAGUCUAUUUGAUGUAUACGUUUCUUUUAUUAUGUUUUCUGGAUAAUUAAAGUCGAAGCAGCUACGUAAUAUUUCAGCUUAAACACCAUAAAGCCAUAAAUACAAGAUGCUUGUUACAACUAAAUACCUUGAUGAGAGAUUUUUCUGCUGGAAGAAAGCUAUGCGGUUUGUUAUUGACUGGAUGAUUCUCUGCUGUUAUUCAUUCACCUCAAAAAGUCUGUCUGUAUAUACGAACAGAUUAAUGUGUGUUUUUAAAACUGUAUUUUUAAUCAGGGCUUGUUGGACUUUCUCUAUACCUGUCAGAUCAUUUAAUUUUUUUAACAUUAAAAUAUUGAGUGUUGUGUCUUUUUGGAAUGAAUUUCUCAAAUAAAAUUAAUUUCAAGUA